AUGUCUCGUCGAAAGCAAGCGAAACCCCAGCAUCUCAAAUCGGACGAAGAGCUGCAAGCGGAGGUAGUUUCUGAGCACGCAGUCCCAGGAGAAGGAGCAGAUGAUGGUGAUAGCGGGAACGAGAGCAGGAGCGGAAGCGAAGAAACCAACGUUUGUGAGAAGUGCUGUGCCGAGUUCUUCAAGUGGACAGACUUCCUGGAGCACAAAAAGAGCUGCACUAAAAACCCCCUGGUGCUGAUCGUGAACGAAGAUGAAGCAGCUCCACCCCCCACUGAGGAGUUCCCCGAGCCCUCGCCCGCUAGCUCUCCUAGUGACCAGGCAGAGAGUGAAGCUGCUGAAGAAGGCGUCCAGGCAGAAAACAAUGAUAGCUCUGAGGUAAAAAACACGGAAAAGGAAGAAGAGCCAAUGGAGGUAGAAACUUCUGCGGAGAAAAGUUUCCAGAAUCAAGGCACCUCAAACACAGCUACUCUUCUACCUCAGAUCCCUGAACCAUCUUCCAUGACAAGCUAUAACAUGCCAAACACCAAUGUCACGCUAGAGACUCUGCUGAGCACUAAAGUGGCGGUCGCGCAGUUCUCGCAGAGCGCACGGACCACCGCUUCCGCGAGCAUCAGCAGCGGGGUGACAGCCGUGGCCAUCCCCAUGAUCCUGGAGCAGCUCAUGGCCCUGCAGCAGCAGCAGAUUCACCAGCUCCAGCUAAUUGAGCAGAUCCGUAGCCAAGUGGCAAUGAUGAACCGCCAGCCGCUACGGCCGUCCCUCAACCCCAUCGUGGCUGCCCAGGGUGGUCCCGGGCAGGCAUCCAACCAGCUGCAGGGGUUUGCCACCAGCGCUGCCGUCCAGCUCACUGCAGUCAUUCCUCCCGCCAUCGUGGGGCAGGCCGCCAGCGGUCAGCCCGCUGCCUUUGAUGGCUCUCAGCACAUCUCAAGACCUACAUCUGGAGCAAGUACGCCCAAUAUAUCCAGCGGUGGCUCUUCUGCCCCACCUGAAUCAAGUGUACCUUCUUCCUCGAACGCAAUUACGUCCAUAACUCCCGUUUCCGUGUCAAACGCUCCUAACAGUGCUUCGCAGCCCCAGAAUGCUUCGACUCCGCCUUCAAUAGGACAUGGAAGCCUCACCUCGGUGUCCAGCCUGCCAAACCCACUUCUACCUCAGACUUCAUCAAAUAGUGUGAUCUUCCCCAAUCCGCUGGUUAGCAUCGCUGCAACGGCUAACGCGCUAGAUCCUCUGUCCGCCCUUAUGAAGCACCGUAAAGGAAAGCCACCAAAUGUGUCAGUGUUUGAACCCAAGUCAAGCUCUGAGGAUCCCUUUUUUAAACAUAAAUGCCGAUUUUGUGCCAAGGUCUUUGGAAGUGACAGUGCUUUACAAAUUCACCUCCGCUCGCAUACAGGCGAAAGACCUUUUAAAUGUAACAUAUGCGGAAACCGCUUUUCCACAAAGGGCAACCUGAAAGUUCAUUUUCAGAGGCAUAAAGAGAAAUACCCUCAUAUUCAGAUGAACCCUUAUCCUGUUCCAGAAUACCUCGAUAACGUGCCCACCUGCUCUGGAAUCCCAUACGGGAUGUCGCUGCCCCCCGAAAAGCCGGUCACAACGUGGUUAGACAGCAAACCUGUUUUACCGACCGUCCCGACUUCCAUCGGGCUCCAGCUGCCCCCCACUAUACCCGGUGUGAACAGCUACGGAGAUUCUCCAAGUAUCACUCCUAUGAGCAGGUCACCCCAGAGGCCUUCUCCUGCCUCCAGUGAAUGCACUUCUCUAUCCCCGAGCCUCAACACUUCUGAGUCAGGCGUUCCAGCAUCUGCCGAAUCCCCGCAGCCCGUUCAGAGUGGCACAUCUCUGACCAAGGCAGAACCUGUCACUCUGCCUCCCACGAGCACGCGGCUCGGGGACCUUUCUGCAGGUGGGCAAGUUUCCACAGCUUCCACGUCUUCAAUUUCUACUGCUGUUACGGACAGCAAUGUUGCAACAAGCCUCCCAAACCCUGUGCUUCCAGCAGUGUCUGACCAGUUUAAGGCAAAGUUUCCAUUUGGUGGUCUGCUAGACUCUAUGCAAACGUCAGAAACCUCAAAACUACAACAGCUAGUGGAGAACAUUGAUAAGAAGAUGACAGAUCCAAAUCAAUGCGUCAUUUGUCACCGUGUGCUUAGUUGUCAGAGCGCUCUCAAGAUGCAUUACAGAACGCAUACAGGAGAAAGACCAUUUAAAUGCAAAAUUUGUGGACGUGCCUUUACUACGAAAGGCAAUCUAAAAACACAUUUUGGAGUUCAUCGAGCGAAGCCACCACUUAGAGUACAGCACUCGUGUCCCAUUUGUCAGAAGAAAUUUACAAAUGCUGUUGUUCUUCAGCAGCACAUUCGUAUGCAUAUGGGCGGGCAAAUUCCAAACACGCCGCUACCAGAGGGCUUCCAGGACGCCAUGGACUCAGAGCUUUCCUACGAUGAGAAGAACGUUGACACACUGAGCAACUUCGACGAUGACAUUGAUGAAAAUUCUAUGGAAGAGGACCCAGAGCUAAAGGACACGGCAAGUGACUCAUCCAAACCCCUUAUCUCUUACUCUGGGUCAUGUCCUUCUUCGCCACCUUCUGUGAUCUCCAGUAUUGCUGCUUUGGAGAAUCAAAUGAAAAUGAUUGAUUCUGUCAUGAACUGUCAGCAGCUGACCAGUUUAAAAUCUAUAGAAAAUGGAUCAGGGGAAAGUGACCAUUUGAGCAAUGACUCCUCAUCAGCCGUUGGUGAUCUCGAAAGCCAGAGUGCAGGCAGCCCUGCAAUGUCAGAGUCUUCUUCCUCCAUGCAAGCUUUGUCUCCUGUAAAUAGCAAUAGUGAAAGUUUCAGAUCAAAGUCCCCAGGGCUCAGUAACCAGGAAGAGCCACAAGAAAUACAAUUAAAGACAGAAAAACCAGACAGUCCACCACCCGCAACUGAAAAUGGAGGCGCAUUAGAUCUGACAUCCACCAACCCGGGAAGACCGGUCAUCAAAGAGGAGGCUCCUUUUAGUCUGCUGUUCCUGAACAGAGAACGUGGUAAGUUUAAAAGUACUGUUUGUAAUAUCUGUGGCAAGCCUUUUGCUUGUAAGAGUGCAUUGGAAAUUCACUACCGCAGCCAUACUAAAGAACGUCCAUUUGUUUGUACAGUCUGCAGUCGUGGGUGUUCCACUAUGGGUAAUUUAAAACAGCACUUACUGACGCACAAAUUAAAAGAGCUGCCUUCUCAGUUAUUUGAACCCAACUUUACUCUAGGUCCCAGCCAAAGUACUCCUAGCCUGGUCACCAGUACAGCGCCUACCAUGAUCAAAAUGGAAGUGAAUGGUCACAGCAAGCCGAUCUCUUUGGGUGAGGUUCCCUCGCUUCCAGCUGGAAUCCAGGUUCCUGCUGCACCACAGACAGUGAUGAGUCCGGGGAUCACCCCUAUGCUGGCACCCCCCCCUCGCCGGACUCCCAAGCAGCACAACUGUCAGUCAUGUGGGAAGACCUUCUCCUCAGCAAGUGCACUGCAGAUACACGAGCGCACCCAUACCGGUGAAAAACCGUUUGGUUGCACAAUCUGUGGUAGAGCUUUUACCACAAAGGGGAAUCUUAAGGUCCACAUGGGAACUCACAUGUGGAAUAACGCCCCUGCACGCCGCGGCCGCCGCCUCUCCGUGGAAAACCCCAUGGCUCUGCUCGGUGGCGACGCGCUCAAGUUCUCCGAGAUGUUCCAGAAGGAUUUGGCAGCUCGGGCCAUGAACGUUGACCCCAAUUUUUGGAACCAAUACGCUGCAGCUAUCACUAACGGACUUGCUAUGAAGAACAAUGAGAUUUCUGUCAUACAGAACGGAGGCAUUCCCCAGCUCCCAGUAAGUCUAGGCGGAGGCGCCAUCCCGCCUCUGAGUAACCUUACCGGUGGCAUGGACAAAGCUCGCACGGGCAGCAGCCCUCCCAUUGUCGGUCUGGACAAAGCAAGUUCUGAAACGGGAGCCAGUCGUCCAUUCACCAGAUUUAUUGAGGAUAAUAAAGAGAUUGGCAUAAAUUAA